GGAGUUCCGGCUGCCAGCCCUAGAAUGUGCGGCCAGAUCACAGAACCUUGCACCUCCCGCUCCUCGUUUAUCUUCGUAUAUAAACUGCGCUCGGAUUCUGAUUGAAGCCAAGUCGAUGAGGAUGCCCAGUCGCCGCGAUGGCGUCGUUUCUCUCUCGUCUGUCUCUUCGAGCAUCCCUUUCUCGAUGUCGAGUGCCAUACGGUGGGGCGUCUCGUGCUUCUAGCAGGAUUUGGUUCAGCUCUGACGUCAAGGAAAGUUCGGAUCCGGAGACCAAGGAUGAGGAGUCCACAUUGAAAAUAGAUCGAUCCGGACUGUCCCAGCUGCAAGAUCAUGCGCCCAAAAUUUCAGGAAGGGAAAGUAUGUCGGCCAUGAGCAAGCACCUCGACGCCAUUAUCAGGUUCCGGGGGGGACCGAUACCCGUUGCUGAGUACAUGGAGGAGGUACUGACCAAUCCAACUGCUGGAUUCUACAUGAAUCGGGAUGUGUUCGGAGCAGGAGGGGACUUUGUAACAUCUCCUGAUAUUAGUCAAAUGUUUGGAGAGUUGAUCGGAGUGUGGAGUACUUGCCUUUGGCACCAAAUGGGAAGACCUAAAGAGGUUGCGCUCGUCGAACUCGGGCCUGGUCGUGGAACACUAAUGGCUGACCUGAUACGGGGUACUUCUAAGUUCCAGGAUUUCACUAGCGCUAUAUCUAUACACCUUGUGGAGUGUAGUCCUACCCUGAGGAAAAUUCAGGAGGCAACACUCGAGUGCGUUUCAUGUGACGAUUGCCCGGAGAAGAAGCGUAGCACACUCUCUGGAUCUUUGGUCUCGUGGUACAUGGAUCUCUUGGAGGUACCUCGAGGUGUGCCUACAAUCAUAAUCGCACACGAGUUUUUCGACGCACUCCCAGUUCACCAAUUUCAGAAAACUCCUCGUGGUUGGUGUGAGAAGCUGAUCGAUGUGGGCGAGUCCCCUAGUGAGCCUUUUCGCUACGUCCUUUCUCCUAGACCCACCCCGGCAAGCAAGUUGUAUUUGGGCAAGCGACUGCAGUGGGCGUCAGAGGAAGAGAAAGCCUGCCUUGAGCACGUCGAAGUGUGUCCAGAGUCCUUCAGAUAUGCAGGUUCUAUAUCUCGAAGAGUAAGCGAGGAUGGUGGUGCCGCUCUUAUCAUUGACUACGGAGACGACAAAAUCAUAACUGACAGCUUGCAAGCAAUCAGGAAACAUAAGUUCACCAGUGUUCUAGACGACCCAGGUUCGGCAGAUCUAAGUGCUCAUGUCGACUUCGGGGCCAUUAGGCACGCUGCUACAGAAGCAGCAGCCGACGGUGUUACUGUUUAUGGGCCAAUUACGCAGUCCAAGUUUCUGGGAAUGCUUGGAAUUAAUUUCCGUUUGGAGGCCCUUCUGAACAACGCAAGCGAGGAACAAGCUGAAGCCCUACAGCUUGGGUACUGGCGCCUAGUUGGUGAAGGUCCAGCGCCAUGGGUCGAGGGUGAAGAAGACGAAUCCACUCAGACGGGGAUGGGAACUCAGUACAAAGCAUUAGCUAUCGUGAACUCAAGUUUGGGUGUACCAAUAGGCUUCCAGUAGCUUCUAGUUUGAUGUCCUUAAAAGGUCACCUACAAAACGAUCGUUUGUUGCUCAAUGACACAAAUGUGCAAAAUUUUCGCUACUGCUGAGGUCCUUGUACAGUGAUCACAUAUUUUUAAUAGUCUAUCUAUUGCCUCUAAUUUUGCUAAUUCAAAACCAUGAUUCUCCGAUCUUCAGUUAUUGCCACACACCACUAAAGAUGAGUAUGCAAGGAUUUCGUGGUUGAUAAGUAUUUUUUGGAUUCAGACUUCCAAAC